GCGGAGGGCACAUGGCGCCAUAGCGAAGCUUGCGUCGAGAUGAACCGAAGUCGUGAAGGCGGCGUGUCUGUCUGUGGCUCCUACAAAAAGAUGGACGAAAUUGCCCCUACGUGGGCAUGUAUUGUAAUUAAUUAAGUAGGGGUAUUUCAGACUUUCCAGUGGAGGGAUUAGAGGAUAAGAAGAGAGGGAUGAGCAGCUCUCCAACUCGGCCGUUCAUUUGGAGUGCCCCUCCUCCUCUCUUGUUCCUCUCUUUUCUUCCUCCCCUUCUCCAUCUAGGGUUAGGGAUUGAUAUGGAUUUUUGAGAGGUUUGGAGCUAUGAAUUCUUACGGAAAGGAGGCCCUUCCCUCCUCGUGCCCUCCGGGCUUUUGAUUUGAGUUUAUUCGUUGUUCUACAUCUUGUUUUCCUGCUAGAUUUUAUUCUUGUUUCCGCCCCUUCGCGGCUUCUGUAGUUGGCGCAGAAAUUUAGGUCUUGGCAUGCGUGAGUUUCAAGCAAGGAGGCAGGUAGGUGCCUUUGGGGUGCGUGUGCAGGGAGACCAGCGCUAGCACAUCAGGAAGAGCAGCGCUGGUGGUGCAAGGCGGGCUGGGCUUUGGUGCUCGGCUUGGCUUUGGACUUCACAGGCGACGCAACAGAGCAGAGCAGCCUACAGGCUUGGCCUGCACGCGGCCGUUGGAGAGGGCGGCGGUCUCCGACCAGCAGCUGCAAGCGGCGCAGAUCCUGCCGCAGAGCGCCUGCCGGCCUUGGUAGGCUGCAGCGGCCUGCAGAGGGCGCAGGUGCGGCCGGGAGAACGGCACAGGCAUGGGGAGCGUCCAACUCAGGUGAGAGCGACACAAGGUGAGCAUCUGAACUUCUUGAUUACUUGUUCUUGUGCAGGGAAGUGGAUCGAGUGAGCACGAGUAAAAUCCCGACACAGAUUGAGUUCGUUCUUCAUCAAUCACCCUCCGCCCGUAAGCUGUUCGAUGAAAUCUCUCGCUUGAUUUUCAGCAGCUAGUUUUAUCUUUAGUUUGUUGUCACUAAUGCUCAGAGGUGUUUUGCAUGCUUAGUGGACUAAUGUUGAUUAAUAUGCUGCGUUCUUAGUUAAGUGAAGUUUUUGCUAGCUUUUGCUUUGUGUCAAGCUUUCGACUUUGCUUAAUAUCGGCUUCCGCUUUGUGUCGUGUUUGGCUCGAGUGAUUCGCCUUUCACUUGCUUUCGCUUUGCGUCGAGCUUUUCCUAACCGUUUCUACGGUGAACUCGUCACGUGUUGGCGUGUGUCACCUCGGCAGUUAGAAGAGAGGUGCAUCGGGUUGAAUUCGAAACAUAGGCCUUGUUCUCUUGGAGAAUUUUUAAAGGCUCUCAUUCACCCCCUUCUGGUCACCUGUCCGGUCCUUCAAUUGGUAUCAGAGCGGGUUGGGAUCUCUCCUUGCCUUAACCGGUGUCUGUGAUCCACGAGGCGACCACGGAGAAGGUGGUUUUGCUUGCGGAUUCGGUUUUUCACGAUUUGAGCUCAUUUUCACUAACGUUAACCGGUGCUUUGAGUUAUGGCACCAAGCUCCUCUUCUUGUGUGUCUUUUUCCACAGAUUUCGAUCGAAGUAUGAUUGCAACCGGCGAUGAUCGCAAGUCGACUAACAAGCAAAAUGAUCGAGAAGCUCUAAAACAAAAGCAUCGCAAGCUAGCUAAGAUCAAGGAGCGUGCCUACGCUACCUCUCUCGAUGACAUUGUCUUCGACAAUGACGAUGAUGCUCUUUGGCCGAACAAGGAUGAGGAUGAUCUUGAUGUGAUGGAUCGACUCGAGCUCAAAGUGAAGGAUGGGCUUUCAAUCAUUGAUCUCGUACCCGAGCUUGAGAAGGUGAGCAAAGAUAAACUCAUCAAUGAUAUGCUGCAUCUUGUGUCUCGAGUUUGUGCCUGUGAUAACAAAAAUUGCUAAACUUGAAAAUUCUUGUGAUGCUUUGCUUGAUGAAAAUGAGAAAUUGAAUAUGAACAUGUCUAGUGAUAAGUGCAUGAUUUCUAGGCUUGGUAGUGUGAAUGCGCCUAUCUCUUACAAGUCUAGUGAUGCUUUGCCUUGUGAUUCUUGUGACAGCUUGCUUGCUAAGAAUGAUGAUUUAAAUGCUUCUCUUGCUUGCUUGAAAUCUGAAAAUGACAUGUUAAAAUCUAAUGCCUCUAUGCCAUGCAAUUCAUGUGUUGCUUUACAUAGUGAUCUUGAUAAGGCUAGAGAUGAAGUUGUUUUGUUGAAGUCAAAUGCUUCUUUACCAUGUGCUUUAUGUGAGUCCUUGAAGGCUGAAAUUAAAGAAUUAAAAUUGACUCACACCACUUGUGUAGAACAACUUGAGCAUUCUAGGGCUGAAAUUAUUGAGAUAAAAUCUUUGCCUAGUGCUAUGUGCUCUUUGAAGGAAAAUGGUGAUGCUUGCCUAGCUUCUAUUGAUAAUCAUGAUGCUUUGCAUGGUAUCUCUAAAAUUGAUGCAUCUCCUAUCAUUUGCACUACAUGCAUUGAUUUGAAAAGUAAAGUUGAGGCUUUGAAGCGAAUACUCGAUGAUAUGAGCAUCAAGUUGGUUGAGCACAAUGAUAUGAGUGCUCGCUUUGAGAUAGAAGUUGAUCUCUUGCGUACCACAUAUGCUAAGUGCAUUGAGGAGCAAGUGGAAAGCUUUAGAAAUGCUCCGUGUGGUACUUGUGAUCGUCUCAAGUCUGAGAAUGAGUUUUUGAGCAAGAGAUACAAGAGUCUUUGUGCUAAGUCCUUUGAUUCUCGCGAUUCUUGUAACUCCGAUGAUGGUGUUUCCAAACUUGCUUCUUCCCAACCGGAGUUGGCUUCAGUUGAGCGUGAGUCUUUGGAUUUCAGUACUUCUGCUUGUGCUUCGGAUAGCUCUUUCAUAGCUAUUCCUAAGCCUGUUGCUUCUUCCGGUGUUGCCCAAAGUGAUUCAGAUGGCAAGGGUGCUUCUCACUUCUUUGGAGCUCAUAUUUCUAAACCUAAGUUCCAUUGCACCUUUUGCAAGAAAGAUGGGCACAGCGUUGAGUUUUGCUUUCGCCGUGUCAAACACGAGCGACGUGUGCGUGUCAAAGCUUCUAGAAUGUCAUGUAGCCUUCCCCAUGGCACAUGUGAUUCUAAAUUGGGCACCAAGUAUAGAGUUGAUGCUUCUGGUUCUAAGUCCCAAGGGACUUCUCACUUUAGAGAGAAUGGUGAUUCAUCCUCUCGGACCGUGUCUCGAUGUAGGCCUUUGUACCAUUGCCCCUUUUGUGAGAAAGAUGGGCACCAAGUGAACUUUUGCUAUCGCCGUGCAAGACGCAUGUGGCGAGUUCGUGCUUCUAGGCCUUUGGUUGUUCAUAGCCCAUCUGAUGGCAUGAGCACUCGUGUGCCUAGUAAGAAACCACGUUUCAUUGAUGGGUUCUUUGACUCCUUUUCUAGUGGGUUUUGUCGUGUACGUGGACAUGCUUCUAAUGCUUCUCGUAUCGGUCCAUGACACGCUUCUCGUGAUGCUUGUGUUGGUUCUUCUUCUAGACCCUCGGGAGACCAUUGCUUUUUUGCUACUGGAAGCACUCGUUUUUCUUCUCGAGUUGCUCUUUCGAGGUGUGCUUCCAAGGGUGUUUCAAGUUCUUCUCAUUUGAACCAGCAUCUGCAACAUGCUAACCCACAUGACAAGUUGAGUGCACCUUUUACACGUGUUGCCAAGUCUUUGGUUCCCAAGUCCCUGCUUGCUAUCCCUUUAGGAUCCAAGACUCGGGCUUGUUUGUCCUCUGAUGUGUAGGUACGAGGACGCGGGGUGGAGGACAUGAGAUUCGAUGAAACUUGAUCUUUGCCUGGAGAUGAUCAAGACUUGAUGGUUCUCCACGCCUUUUGCAUAUGACCCUUGAGAGGUCUUGUACACUAUGCUUUGUGAGUUUUACCCAUGUACAUUAUUUUGCAUUUGUAUCAUAUUGUAUAUAUACCCUGGUAGGCUAGCCACUUUUCUUGUUAGCAUGCGUAUUUCUCUCAUAUAUCUUAUCAUGCUAGCAUUGUGGUAUAUAUGUGGAUUAGUCCUUUUUUGUUUUCUUGUUAGUGUGUGAUCCUCAUGAACCUCGUGGCAUGAUUUCUUAUAUGCUUCAUUUUGUAAAAAUGACAUGUGGUUCAUUUGGUAUCAUUUUUGUGGCUCUUUUUGUAUAGACUCCUUUGUAGCUAGUUGACAUGUUUGCAAGUCCAUGCUUUUAUUCAUUCAAUUGGAAUCAUGUUGCAAUGCUUUGAUCCCUCACAUUUGAUAUCUCCAUUGCAUUGUUUAACAUGAAUUGAGCUUUAACCUGCUUUGGGCUUGUCAUGUCUUCAAGUUGCAUUUUGCUUUUUCUUUGAGCUCACCCUCUCUUGUAAUUAGUUUUGGAGACUUUUAUUUGGUUUUUGUGUCCCUUCUUUUUCUAGCUUUGUUUUGCUAGAUGUCUUUGGUUGAAGGGGAGUUUGGGCUAAGGACUUUUGUUGGAUUUGAUAUCCAUUUUCAAUCUUUUUAAUUGGUAUCCAUUUUGGUCCUUCAAUUGGUACCUUUUUCAUGGUACUCAGUUGGGUCCUUGGGUGAUGCUUUUCUAUAUUUGCUGCGAGGAUCAGUCCAACUCCUCUUGAGCCCUCUUGAUUUGAGCUGAGCCCGCCUCUUCUUGUUUUUCAUUGGCAAUUGUAUCAUUUUGUAUAUUUGGCCUUUGUCUUUGGUUUUUGUAUACUCUUGUGACAUAUUGUUGCAUUGUUCUUCAUUUGUAUCAUAAUGCAUUAGUAUCAUUCUGAGCUUCUCCUAUGUGCCUUCAGUAUUCAUCUAUGCUCCUGUGAACUAAUGCUUGUGAUCAUGGUGUCGGUGCAAUGCGUUGCUUAUGCUCUUGAUGGUAUGAGAUAAAAAUCUUGUGAGCUAAGCUUUUAAAUUGGAUUUGAAUCAUAAUUGUCAAUCACCCAUGAGUAGCUUCUUGCUAAGUUUUGCUCUUGCUUAGGUUGCUAGUCCUAUGAUAGCUUGUGUUUGGAUGCCUGAUUCUUUACACAUGGCAUAUCAUUGUGCAUGUUUUGUUUUUCUAGAGGUAGUUUUGAUGUUGAGCUACACUUGUGCCAAGGGGCACCUCAUAAACCUUGGUUUCCUUCUUGUUCUAUCUGAAAAUGGUCAAAAUAUGAGUUUGCAAAAGAACUGCUUGUUACAUGCUGUUUCAAUUGCUUUUGUUGCAAAACUCUUUAUCAGGUUGCUCUGCUGUUACAUGUGCUUGCCAUAGAAGUAGGCACAUGGUUUCAGUGAGUUGAGAAAUAAGUAGGAAUGCUUUUGCAUGUGUUAGCAAUGAUCUUAUGUUGAGAAUUUGUCAUCCUUGUAUGAGCUCUUAUAAACUAGUUGAUCUAUGUCGGAGUGAUCAUUUAGCUAGUUGUUUGCUCAUGUGGUGAUAUCUAAAUUUUAAAUUUGCUUAAUACUCACUUGUAUGCUUUUGCCUCCUGAGUAUAUCAUAAUAUCCUCAUGAUGGCUCUGAAUGCUUGCUUUUGACCCGCUUCUCAUGUUUUAGUUCACUUGUAGCAUAUUUCAAUGCUUUUGGUCCAUCUGAGAAGCUUUGUAGGUUGCACCCUUUCAUUCAUGCUCUCAUGUGUUUCAUGACAUAUCACAUUGGGAGGGUUUUGCAUUUGACGGGGAGCAUCCUUUCUUUUGCUCUCGUAGCAUGCUUUCAGGGAGAGUGCAUGUGUUCAGGGGGAGCGUGUGAGCUUCUUGUGCUCUUUUGCUUAGCUGCAUAUGCUUAGGGGAGCUUGUGAGUUCUAUGCUCUUUUGAGAUCAUUGGUUCUCGUCUCGGUUGUGGUGAGCCAUUGCCCAUGUCUUUGGGAACCGAGACUUCUCCAAGUCGAUUUGGCCUUUGUAAUGUAUCUCAUGCAAGUGACUUUGAUAUUGGCUUUUAUGUGGCUUUUAUUCACUUAUAUACGAGUUUUACUUGGAUCUGGAUCACUUGGAUGAUAUUUUUGACUUUUGCCUCAAACCAUUUUUUGUGCUUUAAUGUUGUCAACACACUCAUCAAGGGGGAGAUUGUGAAAAUCAAGUUGAUAUGAACCUUGAUUUGAUAGUGAUUAGCGUUUGACAAAUUGAUGAAAUGGUUUUGAUGGCAUUUUGGGAGUUCUGAGCUCUAUGAGAUUUUGUGUGUCUCUUUUGCUCUCGUGUGUGAGAUUGUGAGCUUUGUGAGAUUUUGUGUCUCCUUUGCUCGUGUGCCAAUUGUGUUGAGCUUUACCUCUUCUUGAGGGAUCGGCUUUUGGUUCGAGUUAUCGAUUUGCACAUGAUCGGUGUUGAGCCCUUUCUGCCUUUUCUUGAGGGAUCAUGUGCUUUGUCUCAGUUGUGUCGAGCUUUUACCCUUGUCUUUGGGAGCUGAGACAUUUCAUUUCGAGAGAUCUUGUGUUUGUCUUUUCACAUGGUUUUUGGAUCUCUUGAAUGAGCUUCUUUUUCUUCUUCUUCUGUUAAUCUUUUCAUAUGAUGAAAUUGUGCUGGGUGUUGUCAAUGCACUCAUCAAGGGGGAGAUUGAGGACCAAUGGUGGCCACCCUUGGAUGAUAAGUGAUUGACAACAGCGUGUGGAUUUGAUGUGUCUCUUGGCUCGUGAUGUGCAGGUGUAGGAUGCGGCAUGAUGGUCGAUGACGAGCGGUGAAGGUCAGGCGAAAGAUUCAUGCUGAUGGACCGUGGUGAAUGAUGGUCGCGAGUAGGCUCGGUGGAGCGAAAGGUUCAUGCCGAGGGACCAAGACGGUGAAGGGUGAAUGCGAAUAGGCCUGGACCGAGGGACCCGUGGUGGCCGGGCGAAGUCAUGGGCGGUCCACAUGGUGCGCAGAAGGGCAAGAGUACAUGGUGAUAAAGACGGCGUCGGCCAAGUUGGCGAGGACGAUAGCGAGUCAAGUAGGCGGUCCGUGCGGCGGACGCGCGCGAAGGACUCAAAGGCGUCAAGGCUCGGCGGGAGGCCGGACACGCGUCGACAUUGGCGGUUUGAUAGGUUUGGCCUCAAAACCGGGGAGUCAGUCACGUCGUGUGGCGGCGUGCGAGAGAGUUUGACCGGUUUGGCCUCAACACCGGUGGAGACAGGUUUGACCGGUUUAGGUCUCAAAACCGGGGGCGGAUUUGGCGCGGUCAAGGUCCGGGCGGAGGGCACAUGGUGCCAUAGCGAAGCUUGUGUCGAGACGAAGCGAAGUCAUGAAGGCGGUGUGUCUGUCCGUGGCUCCUACAAAAAGAUGGACGAAAUUGCUCCUGCGUGGGCAUGUAUUGUAAUUAAUUAAGUAGGGGUAUUUCAGACUUUCUAGUGGAGGAAUUAGAGGAUAAGAAGAGGGGGAUGGGCAGCUCUCCAACUCGGCCGUUCAUUUGGAGUGUCCCUCCUCCUCUCUUGUUCCUCUCUUUUCUCCCUCCCCUUCUCCAUCUAGGGUUAGGGAUUGAGAUGGAUUUUUGAGAGGUUUGGAGCUAUGAAUUCGAAGGGAAAGGAGGCCCUUCCCUUCUCGUGCCCUCCAGUCUUUUGAUUUGAGUUGAUUCGUUGUUCUACAUCUUGUUUUCCUGCUGGAUUUUAUUCUUGUUUCCGCCCCUUUGCGGCUUCUGUAAUUGGUGCAGAAAUUUUGGUCUUGGCGUGCGUGAGUUUCAAGCAAGGAGGCAGGUAGGUGCCUUUGGGGUGCGUGUGCAGGGAGACCAGCGCUAGCACAUCAGGAGGAGCAGUGCUGGUGGUGCAAGGCGGGCUGGGCUUUGGCGCUCGGCUUGGCUUUGGACUUCACAGGCGAUGCAACAGAGCAGAGUGGCCUACAGGCUUUGCCUGCACACGGCCGUUGGAGAGUGCGGCGGUCUCCGACCAGCAGCUGCAAGCGGCGCAGAUCCUGCCGCAGAGCGCCUGCCGGCCUUGGUAGGCUGCAGCGGUCUGCAGAGGGCGCAGGUGCGGCCGGGAGAACGGCGCAGCCACGGGGAGCGUCCAGCUCAGGUGAGAGCGACACAAGGUGAGCAUCUGAACUUCUUGAUUACUUGUUCUUGUGCAGGGAAGUGGAUCGAGUGAGCACGAGUAAAAUCCCGGCACAGAUUGAGUUCGUUUUUCAUCAAUCACCCUCCGCCCGUAAGCUGUUCGAUGAAAUGUCUCGCUUGAUUUUCCGCAGCUAGUUUUAUCUUUAGUUUGUUGUCACUAAUGCUCAGAGGUGUUUUGCAUGCUUAGUGGACUAAUGUUGAUUAAUAUGCUGCGUGCUUAGUUAAGUGAAGUUUUUGCUAGCUUUUGCUUUGUGUCAAGCUUUCGACUUUGCUUAAUAUCGGCUUCCGCUUUGUGUCGUGUUUGGCUCGAGUGAUUCGUCUUUCACUUGCUUUCGCUUUGCGUCGAGCUUUUCCUAACCGUUUCUACGGUGAACUCGUCACGUGUUGGUGUGUGUCACCUCGGCAGUUAGAAGAGAGGUGCAUCGGGUUGAAUUCGAGACAUAUGCCUUUUCUCUUGGAGAAUUUUUAAAGGCUCUCAUUCACCCCCUUCUGGUCGCCUGUCCGGUCCUUCACAUACACUUUAAACACAAAACAACAUUUCAAUUUACUAGAAACAUCAUGGCUUUCACUCAACUUAAGUCUAAUAGCACAAGUUGCAGAUGAAAACAUAUAUAUUUCCAUCAAUAAGAUCUGAUGAGUUUCCUUACAACUAAGGGCACCAUUUUUCAGAAGAUUUAUGUGAUGCCUGAAUAUUGCCACUAGAGCUGCUGGCAUUAGAUGUUCUAGCAACAGUCAUAACUAAUGGUCCCUUUCCUUUUCCACAACUGAUGUGGAACCUCAAUUGUUGGAUUAUUUCCCAUUAGUAAUACGUGAAGCAAAUGACAGAAUAUAAUAAUACAUAUGGUGAUGAGCAUAUGGGCUCUUGGGUCCCAAUGUAACUAUUAAGGGUCCGAAAUUCAACAUGUUCCACCCCCACAUGCAUGUUAACGUACGUGUUGGGGGUCAAGUCUGCUUUCGACAUGGGACUUCUUGAUGCAUUGGUGUAUCGACACAUCCGUCCAGGUGUAGUACACUGUACAAGGGUUCUGUUUAGAUGGACUAAAAUAAAAAGACUAAAAAUUAGUCCGAUGUGUAGUAAUAGGCUAUAUGAACUAAUCAUGGACUAAUCAAGAUUAGUAGAUUCUAACCAUAGUCACCGAAGUUCCCGAGGCGAUGGAUCAAGGAAUAAGGAACGGGAAACGGGAAUGACACUUAGGAUGUACUUUACAUUGCGGGAACGAAAACGAUCCCACAUUCCCACCUUCCUGUCCCGAAACAGUGAGUGUUCCCGAAUAGUGGAACGCAGCCCAGUGACUAUGAUGAUUCUAACUUCCAAUUAGCUAUUAUAUCCGUAUAAUUAGUUCAACAAUUAGUCCAUAUCUAUAUCUAUACUUACUACUAAAGCGAGUAAUGUUUCCACCUAAAUUUUUGGUUUGAUCCGUAUUAUGUCAUUGACAGGUGGGCCUUAGUUUAUCCUGUCCGAAAUCUCAAUCGGAUUCCGAACAAUCAAUACCUAGCACAACCACAACACGGACUUUAUACGUAGUGAAUGGCUACAAAGUUGGUGAAAUUACUUUUUUGAUGAUAUUAUAUAAAUCUAUUAUAUUACUCAUAGCAACGCAAAAGCACUAUGCUGAUUUAUUAUAAUUAGUCCACGCUAAAUUUAUAGACUAGAAAUUAGUCGUGGGAUCCAAACAGGAUCAAAUGUGUUUUGGAGUCUGAGUAGGACUCAGACCUGUCAGAUAGAUACCUUCUCCGGCCCAAAAGGACUAAAGGAGAAAAGCAACCGGCCAUCGAGUCGAAGGAAACGAUUAGGGCGGCCCUCGCGCGGCGCGAAGCUUAGCUUGUUUCACCGCUCCAUCCCCGCCGCCGCCGUCGUUCCCGUUCUCCCCUGGCCGGAUCGUUGAUGACGUGCGGCGCGGUCGACGGCGCGUCGCCGUUGCUGGACCCGGAAGAGGGAUGCUGCAUGCGCCAUGGAUGUGCCCGCCGGGAGGGACCCCAUCAAGAUGGCGGCGGAGAGGGCCGCCAAGUUCAUCUUCCGGGGAGUUCUGAUCUUACUGUGGCUGUAUUUAUUUGAUUCAAUGAAAAGAUAUGCGAUCAACUACACAGCGGAGAUACAUGGUUUACCACGUUCGCUGCGAUUGUUGUUUCUAUACCUAUAGCUGAAAUCUUUUGCAUCUUGGACCAGACCUUGGUAGCCCCCAUUCUUCCUGCUGUUGGAUCACCAACGCCGUGCAGAGACUGUGGCUGUGCUUGCAACACCGCUGCAAAUGGCAAGGUCCCUAACGAGGAGGCGGACGCAUUAUUCCUCGACCUCGAGAAUGGACCCAUGGAUUACACUACAGCGCCACCGCAGCCAGACAUCAUGACGAAGAUUGCCACCAUGGUUGGAAUGACGGAGGCUGAAAAAGUGGCACUGGAUAUGGACGCCGCAAGGAUCACUAAAUGCAUUUUCCGGGGGUUGUUGGUCUUACUGUGGGUGUAUUUGGUCGAUUUACUGAGAAGAUAUGUGACCACCCACGAAAUAGGAGAAGUAUUUUUUUACUAUGUGUCCUUUGGGUAUUCUUGCAGUGUGUGUGUCUGCGUUCUUUUGCUUUUUGAUGGAGAGCUUCAGUGAAUAUAUCCUUUCACUGAAAGCUUCAUAUUGAGCUUCCUUGUAAUUAAAUCAGCAAAGCCAAGAUCCAUUUGGCUAUGUUUUGGUAUCAAAUGAAAAGUAGCAGUGUGCGAGACCCA